AUGUGGAAGAGAAGUGAAGGGUGAGAGCAUGUAGCACGAUGCUGAGCUCAAACCACUUUCAAAAAUCUUUUGGGAAGCCACACCUCAGCGUCCUUUAAAGGGGCUGCGUUUUUGUUUUUUAAAGCACUUCAAGCUCAUCAUCACUUUUCUACCAGCGGUAACCAAAAGUGGUAUCAGUGGUGACUGAAGACGGAGGACAGGUUGCUCAUCAAGUGAUCAGAAACAAGGAAGCUUAUACAAACACGUUCAGAAAAGUGUCAUGUGUCGGAUUUGAGUGGGUGGUGGCGGUGAGUCUUCUUCAUACUGGAAGUCACAGACAGCUGACUUGAAGUACCUGAUGGCUUGUGCUAACAUUAAGAAGACUGUACUCAACUCAAUGAAGAAGUGCCUCCUCAUCUCCUUUGUCUGUAUUUUACCGCUGUGUCUUCUCAAUGGAUGGCCGAGAGGAUUCCUGGCCCCGACAGCCGCAAAACACUCCACUUUCCGUCACAACAGCAGCAGUAGAAGUGUCACCAUCUUGAUGUGGUACUGGCCCUUCGGCAGGUCAUUUAGCCUGAGGGGCGACGUGUGCUGGGACCUCUACCGCAUCCCUCACUGUAGACUUGUGGAUCAGCGCUCCUUGUUCCCCUCAGCUGAUGUGGUGGUGUUCCACCACAGAGAGCUGGGCCUACUUCACCAAACGCUGCCCCUUGACCUUCCAAGGCCGCAGGGCCAGAGGUGGGCCUGGAUGUCCCUGGAAGCCCCUGUUAACAACAGAAAUUUGCGUCCGUAUGCAAAUAUCUUCAACAUGACCAUCUCCUACAGGAGGGAUGCUGAUGUCUCCAUACCUUACGGCGAGCUAUUACCAAAGGAGGCUGAAGGACAUCUGGUGGAAGUCGUCCCUCUGAAUAAGAGCUCCUUGGUCUGUUGGGUGGUCAGCAACUACAGGAGCAACCACAAGAGAAGCAAAGUGUACAAAGAGCUCAAUGCCAUAAUUCCUGUGAAGGUUUACGGCCGUUGGGCAAAGACGCCCCUCUCCACUGAAGCCCUCUUACCCACAAUCUCUCGCUGCUAUUUCUAUUUGGCUUUUGAGAACUCAAUCACCAAAGAUUACGUCACAGAGAAGCUGUGGAGAAAUGCUUACCAAGGCGGGGCGGUGCCUGUCGUCCUCGGACCGCCAUUAAGCGACUACAAAUCUGUGGCUCCACCUCAUUCUUUUAUCCAUGUUGAUGAGUUUGCAUCAGUUAAAGACUUAGGACAGUAUCUACAACAGCUUGCAGAGGACAAGAAACGCUACAGUGAGUAUUUCACCUGGAAACAUCAGUGGAGAGUGAAACUACACAGCGACUGGAGGGAGAGGCUAUGUAAAAUCUGCUCACAGUACAACAGUUUACCUCGGGAGAAGGUUUACUCCAAUUUAGAGACCUGGGUCUACGCUAAUAACCCUUGAACACUUAUGUUUGUUGUUAGUGUGUCAUAUUAUCAUCUUUUACUGAUAUCCGUAGCACUUUAUACUAAACACCUGACCUCUCAAGGGUUAAAAUAGUAGUUUCAGAUUUUGGGAAAUAGGCCUACGUUUAUUCUCCAAGUUAGAUGAGAAGAUUGAUUGUUUGCACUUGUAAGUCACUUUGGACAAACGCAUCAACUAAAUUAACUGUAAUAGUAUAAUGUGUUACAGCUUUUGCUACACUGUAUAUAAUAAAUAGACGUAACUCAUUGUUUUGUGGACUACAGUUUUGGUAUUUUGGCCGUCGCCAUCUUGGUUUUUAGGAACCAGAAGUGACACAGGAGCUAAAUACAACAAGACACAAUGUGGAAGAAGACAUUUUUGGGAGACCAAAAUGUUACAAUUAACUUGUAGAAGUUGUAAGAUGAAAACACGUACAACAUCUAAACUGUACAACACUGUGGCAGCGACCUGUCAAUCACAGGGAAGACACUACUUUACUCUGAAUGGGACCAUAAUUCACUAAAUGAACAUCGUGACGUAUUGAAGACUUGAAACUAGUGAUUAAGACCAUAAACUCAUCAGGAAAAUGUUUACUAAAUCAAGUGAGAAGUAGAAUCAUUUUCUCAUAGACUUCAAUACAAUAUGGCAUCUUUUUUUGACCAGUGGAGUCACCACCUGCUGGCCAUUAGAAAUUAGACAUUUGAGAAUGCUAUUUCAUCUAGCUCUCGGCAAGAAAGCUAAUAAGUGCAUGUCUCAAAAUGUGUGACUAUGCCUUUAAAUUGAACUCAACACAGCAUAUAGUCCAGUCCACUUUGAGGGCACUGAUAUAAAGAAAGACAUACAAGGUGCAAUGACUCCCUGCUUUAAACACAUGUACUGUACUGACAUUAACAAGCACAAAGGUUACUUUAAAUGACUGAUGUAAUAUAAGUUCAAGCAUUUAAGACUACAGAGUUAUCUUUGGUGGACACACGGCGGUCAAGGCCUUUAAAAAAACAGAAAAAUAGUAAAUAGUUUAGGAACUAAGGAGUACUUCUGCAUUUGGUUUCAUGUUAAAUGUCUAUAGAUGAAGUGAAAAAAUAUGCUGUCUCUACCAAACGGAAAGCUUAAAAUCAAUUCCUCAUUGCUGUAAAUGCAGUGUCAGAAUAUACUAUUUCGUAAGCAUUUUCAUAUUUGUGUUGAAUAUCAAAAAGCUUUUUUUCUAUUUGAUGGUUGCAAUGUAUGAGAGUUAGAUGUCCAAUACCAUUCUCUUAUAAAGUUUUGUCUGCAUAAGUGUUUUUCAUGCCCAUCUUUACUUGCUAAUAAAAAAUGGUUUAGUUAAGAAA